GUCUCUCAUUUUAGUUACUAGAACCUUCUCUCACUUCAGUCUUCAUUUCCUAUAUAUUUAUUACCACAAACGCGUUUUCAUCUUCAGUUUUACUUGUGCUCACCACACUCUCUUUCUUCCUAGGUUUAUACAUUUUCUCAAGUAAAGCUGAAAAUGGUGAAGAACUACCCGACCGUGAGCGAGGAGUACCUGAAGGCCGUUGAGAAAUGCAAGAAGAAGCUCAGAGGCCUCAUCGCCGAGAAGAACUGUGCUCCUAUCAUGCUCCGUCUUGCAUGGCACUCUGCUGGUACAUUUGAUGUAUGCAGCAGAACUGGAGGUCCUUUUGGGACAAUGAGGUUCCCUGCUGAGCUGGCUCAUGGAGCCAACAAUGGCCUUGACAUUGCUCUUAGGCUCUUGCAGCCCAUCAGGGAGCAAUUCCCUAUCCUUUCUUAUGCUGACUUCUAUCAGUUGGCUGGUGUUGUUGCUGUUGAAGUUACCGGAGGACCCGAAGUUUUAUUCCAUCCUGGGAGGCCGGACAAGGCAGAGCCUCCUGUUGAAGGUCGUUUGCCUGAUGCUACCAAGGGGUCUGAUCACUUGAGGGAUGUUUUCAUCAAGCAAAUGGGUUUGAGUGACCAGGAUAUUGUUGCACUCUCUGGUGGCCACACCCUGGGACGUUGCCACAAGGAACGAUCUGGAUUUGAGGGACCCUGGACCACAAAUCCCCUCAUAUUUGAUAAUUCUUAUUUCAAGGAGCUUCUGAGUGGAGACAAAGAAGGCCUCCUACAGUUGCCAUCUGACAAGGCUCUACUCUCUGAUCCUGCCUUCCGCCCACUUGUUGAGAAAUAUGCUGCCGAUGAGGAUGCAUUCUUUGCUGAUUACGCAGUGGCUCACCUGAAGCUUUCUGAAUUGGGAUUUGCUGAUGCCUAAGCUGUUGGGAAUUGAUAACAAAGUAAGAGUGAUGGCCUAUUUUGUCUAGUAUUAUUAUGUUCUAAUGCGGGGAAAGCUCGACGAAACUUUUAAAACCUUUUUGCUCGCUUUGAUGGAUGUUUUGGAUUUUGAAAUUGGUGCUUUCGAUCAAUAUAGGGUAAUUACUUCCCUCAAAAAUAAAAUAGUGCAGAAUUAUUCUUCGGCUCUGCUUGUUCGCUUAUAUUGAUAUUGGAUUCGAUUUUGAUUUGGUGGGUCA